AUGAAAACCCCUAGGCAGGAUGAGUCCCAGAACUCAGGUUGUACCAUCAUGACCUUCUGCCCAAACAUGGAAGAAUUCUCAGACUUCAGCAAAUACAUUGGCUACAUGGAAUCCCAAGGAGCACACCGAGCUGGCGUGGCCAAGGUGAUCCCACCCAAGGAGUGGAAAUGCAGGCUGUCCUAUGAGGAUGUCACGCAUAUGUCAAUUCCUGCUCCCCUGCAGCAAGUGGUCUCUGGGAAGGCAGGUGUGUUCACCCAAUACCAUAAGAAGAAGAAAGGCAUGACAGUGGGGCAGUAUCGUGAGCUGGCCAACAGCAAAAAAUACCAGACACCGCCACACCUGGAUUUUGAAGAUUUGGAGAGAAAAUACUGGAAGACUCGCCUGUUUGGGUCACCGAUUUAUGGUGCUGACGUCAGCGGCUCCCUGUUUGAUGAGAACAUUCAGCAUUGGAACGUGGGCCACCUGGGAACCCUUCUGGAUGUGUUGAAGCAGGACCGAGGCAUAGUGAUUGAGGGCGUCAACACGCCCUACCUGUACUUUGGCAUGUGGAAGACCACCUUUGCAUGGCACACGGAGGACAUGGAUCUAUACAGCAUCAACUACCUGCACUUUGGGCAGCCCAAGACCUGGUAUGCUGUGCCCCCUGAGCAUGGCAGGCGCCUGGAGCGCCUGGCCAAGGAACUCUUCCCUGGGAGCUCCCAGAGCUGCCAGGCCUUCCUGAGGCACAAGGUGGCGCUCAUCUCGCCCACCGUGCUCAAGGAGAAUGGCAUCCCCUUUGGCCGCAUCACCCAGGAGGCUGGGGAGUUCAUGGUCACCUUUCCCUAUGGCUACCAUUCGGGCUUCAACCAUGGCUUCAACUGUGCAGAGGCCAUCAAUUUCGCCACCCCGAGGUGGAUCCACUAUGGCAAGGUGGCCUCUCAGUGCAGCUGUGGGGAGGUCAGGGUGAGCUUCCCCAUGGAUGCCUUCCCCAUGGAUGAGGGGCUCCUGCAGCCUGAGAGUUGUGCACUGUGGAAACAGCAAGGGAAUCCUAGAGCCACGGAUCACCUGGAGCUCACCUCAUGCCCCGGGCAGCAGGAACUGACUCUUGGGACCUUCACACUGGACCCAGGGAAGCCCACUUUGAACCAGAGGCGUUCUCCUUUGCGACCCAUCAGGAGUCAGGUGAGCAGAGGACACAACAGCUGUCCUUACACAAAGGUGCACCCAGAAUCCCCGUGUCUUUUCCCAUGCAAGCCUUUGACUCCUCAUCCUGCUAACCAAGAAACAAGAUUCUUCAAGCAAGCUUCUGGAGCUUCUAGGAUCCCUGUCGACUGCUGUGCACCCACCCACAGGACUGGAGAAUCUUGGAUAGGAGCAUCCGAAGUCUCCCUGCAGCCCUCGUUCAUGGACUUGAAGUAA